CCAGUGCGAGAUGUUGUGUACAUGUUGUCGUUUCGUCGCCUGACCCAUGCAAGAUGGGCCGAAAUGGCCUGAUGUGGCUAAACCAGCGACUGCCAGCUACCCUAGCAGCUUGCUUCACCCUUCUAGUUCUUCCUCCCACCUCAGUGUGCCAGCUUGCCAGGCAGACCAGCCAGGUCAUUGACCCUGCCGACCUCGCCACACCUGCAGAUGACCUCUCACCUCUGGCAGCGAACUUUGACCUGCCCGACCGUGACUUUAGCUUCAUCCAGGACCUAGAGCAGGACCCGCCCAGUGUAGAGGCCAGCCAUGUGAGCGGGGAUGUGACCAGCGGUGAUGCCGACAAGCGAACAAUCAUCGUCCAGGAGGCGGGACAAGACACCAGAGCCAUCGCAACUGAGGCGACAGAAGUGCCAAGCCAAUAUGUGCUCAUUGUGACUGUCUCCAGUACAGCCAAACUCCCUGCCAACCAGUCCCUGUCCUCCCGCAUCAAGUCAGGCUUCGCUGCUGCACUCGGGGUGUCUGAGAACAACAUUCAUGUCAUCAACACGCAUUAA